CGCGCGGUCCCCCACUUUCUUUCGUAGCUGCACGGGAGGCGGCGCCGAGGGAGGGGCUCGCCCGCGCGCAGGAAGACCUUCGCGGCGACCCGUGGCGGCGGCGGGCCCGUGGUAUCCCUGCGCCGCUGCGUGAGAGGAAGAGGCUGAAUGAGGAGCUGCGCGGGGGAAGCGGGGCGCCGGGGGAGGAGGCGGCGGGAUGGAAGCAGACGCUGGCGUCGCGCGAGCCCCGGGCAGCGCGGCGCGGUAGAGAGGGCGGCGGCGGCGGCGCGCGCGGAGCCCUGACGUGCCCCUUUCUUUCUUCUCUCUCUGGAAAGCUGGGAAGCAUGAGCGUGCAGACCUGCCGCUGCGGCGGCCGCCCCGGCUCCUCGCCUCCCCCUCUUCUGGCCGCCCCUCGCCGGUGAGAGAAGAGAACGCGAGAAGGGAAGAUGGGGGCCGUCCUGAGGAGCCUCCUGGCCUGCAGUUUCUGUGCGCUCCUGAGAGCGGCCCCUUUGUUGCUUUAUGCAAACAGACGGGACUUGCGAUUGGUUGAUGCUACAAAUGGCAAAGAGAAUGCUACGAUUGUAGUUGGAGGCUUGGAGGAUGCAGCUGCGGUGGACUUUGUGUUUGGUCAUGGCUUGAUAUACUGGAGUGAUGUCAGCGAAGAAGCCAUUAAACGAACAGAGUUUAACAAAACUGAGAGUGUACAGAAUGUUGUUGUCUCUGGAUUAUUGUCCCCUGACGGGCUGGCAUGUGAUUGGCUUGGAGAAAAAUUGUACUGGACAGAUUCUGAAACAAAUCGGAUUGAAGUUUCUAAUUUAGAUGGAUCUUUACGAAAAGUUUUAUUUUGGCAAGAGUUGGAUCAACCCAGAGCUAUUGCCUUAGAUCCUUCAAGUGGGUUCAUGUAUUGGACAGACUGGGGAGAAGUACCAAAGAUAGAACGUGCUGGAAUGGAUGGUUCAAGUCGCUUCAUUAUAAUAAACACUGAAAUUUACUGGCCAAAUGGACUGACUUUGGAUUAUGAGGAACAGAAGCUUUAUUGGGCAGAUGCAAAACUCAAUUUCAUCCACAAAUCAAAUCUGGAUGGAACAAAUAGGCAGGCAGUGGUUAAAGGUUCCCUUCCACAUCCUUUUGCCUUGACAUUAUUUGAGGACACAUUGUACUGGACUGACUGGAAUACACACUCCAUUUUGGCUUGCAACAAGUACACUGGCGAGGGUCUGCGUGAAAUCCAUUCUAACAUCUUCUCUCCCAUGGAUAUACAUGCCUUCAGCCAGCAGAGGCAGCCAAAUGCUACAAAUCCAUGUGGAAUUGAUAAUGGUGGUUGUUCCCACUUGUGUUUGAUGUCUCCAGUCAAGCCUUUUUAUCAGUGUGCUUGUCCAACUGGGGUCAAACUCCUGGAGAAUGGAAAAACCUGCAAAGAUGGUGCCACUGAAUUACUGCUUUUAGCACGAAGGACAGACUUGAGACGCAUUUCUUUGGAUACACCAGAUUUCACAGACAUUGUUUUACAGUUGGAAGACAUCCGUCAUGCCAUUGCCAUAGAUUAUGAUCCUGUGGAAGGCUAUAUCUACUGGACUGAUGAUGAAGUGAGGGCCAUACGCCGCUCAUUCAUAGAUGGAUCUGGCAGUCAGUUUGUGGUCACCGCUCAAAUUGCGCAUCCUGAUGGCAUUGCUGUUGACUGGGUUGCCCGAAAUCUUUAUUGGACAGACACAGGCACUGAUCGGAUAGAAGUGACAAGGCUCAAUGGGACCAUGAGGAAGAUCUUGAUUUCAGAGGACUUAGAGGAACCCCGGGCUAUUGUGUUAGAUCCCAUGGUUGGGUACAUGUAUUGGACUGACUGGGGAGAAAUUCCGAAAAUUGAGCGAGCAGCUCUGGAUGGUUCCGACCGAGUAGUGUUGGUUAACACUUCUCUUGGUUGGCCAAAUGGUUUAGCCUUGGAUUAUGAUGAAGGCAAAAUAUACUGGGGAGAUGCCAAAACAGACAAAAUUGAGGUUAUGAAUACUGAUGGCACUGGGAGACGAGUACUAGUGGAAGACAAAAUUCCUCACAUAUUUGGGUUUACUUUGUUGGGUGACUAUGUUUACUGGACUGACUGGCAGAGGCGUAGCAUCGAAAGAGUACACAAACGAAGUGCAGAGAGGGAAAUCAUCAUAGAUCAGCUUCCUGACCUCAUGGGCCUAAAGGCCACAAACGUUCAUCGAAUCAUUGGUUCCAACCCCUGCGCUGAGGAAAAUGGGGGAUGUAGUCAUCUUUGCCUCUAUAGGCCUCAGGGCCUCCGCUGUGCCUGCCCCAUAGGCUUUGAACUCAUCAGUGACAUGAAGACCUGCAUUGUCCCAGAGGCUUUCCUUUUGUUUUCACGGAGAGCAGAUAUCCGGCGAAUUUCUUUGGAAACUAACAAUAAUAAUGUGGCCAUUCCUCUCACUGGUGUCAAAGAAGCUUCUGCUUUGGAUUUUGAUGUAACAGACAACCGCAUUUACUGGACGGAUAUAUCACUCAAGACCAUCAGCAGAGCCUUUAUGAAUGGCAGUGCGCUGGAACACGUGGUAGAAUUCGGCUUAGAUUAUCCAGAAGGCAUGGCAGUAGACUGGCUUGGGAAGAACUUGUACUGGGCAGACACAGGAACGAAUCGAAUUGAAGUGUCAAAGUUGGAUGGGCAGCACCGACAGGUUUUGGUGUGGAAAGACUUAGAUAGUCCCAGAGCUCUUGCAUUGGACCCUGCUGAAGGAUUUAUGUAUUGGACUGAAUGGGGUGGAAAACCUAAGAUAGACCGAGCUGCCAUGGAUGGAAGUGAACGUACUACAUUAGUUCCAAAUGUGGGGCGGGCAAAUGGCCUAACUAUUGAUUAUGCUAAAAGGAGGCUUUAUUGGACAGACCUGGAUACCAACUUAAUAGAAUCUUCAAAUAUGCUUGGACUCAACCGUGAAGUUAUAGCAGAUGACUUGCCUCAUCCUUUUGGCUUAACUCAGUACCAAGAUUACAUCUACUGGACAGACUGGAGCCGACGCAGCAUUGAACGUGCCAACAAAACCAGUGGCCAAAACCGCACCAUCAUUCAGGGCCAUUUGGAUUAUGUGAUGGACAUCCUCGUCUUUCACUCUUCUCGACAAGCAGGGUGGAAUGAGUGUGCUUCCAGCAAUGGGCACUGCUCCCACCUCUGCUUGGCUGUACCAGUUGGAGGUUUUGUUUGUGGAUGCCCUGCCCACUACUCUCUUAAUGCUGACAACAGGACUUGUAGUGCUCCAACUACUUUCCUGCUCUUCAGUCAAAAAAGUGCCAUCAACCGCAUGGUGAUUGAUGAGCAGCAGAGCCCUGACAUCAUCCUUCCUAUCCACAGCCUUCGCAAUGUCCGGGCCAUUGACUAUGACCCACUGGACAAGCAACUCUAUUGGAUUGACUCACGACAAAACAUGAUCCGAAAAGCACAAGAAGACGGCAGCCAGGGCUUUACUGUGGUUGUGAGCUCAGUUCCAAAUCAGAACCUAGAAAUACAACCCUAUGACCUCAGCAUUGAUAUUUAUAGCCGCUACAUUUACUGGACUUGUGAGGCCACCAAUGUCAUUAAUGUAACAAGAUUAGAUGGCAGAUCAAUUGGGGUGGUACUAAAAGGCGAGCAAGACAGACCUCGAGCCAUUGUGGUGAACCCGGAGAAGGGGUAUAUGUAUUUUACCAAUCUUCAGGAAAGGUCUCCCAAAAUUGAACGGGCUGCUUUGGAUGGAACAGAACGGGAAGUCCUCUUUUUCAGUGGCUUAAGUAAACCAGUUGCGUUAGCCCUUGAUAGCAGAUUGGGCAAGCUCUUUUGGGCAGAUUCAGAUCUCCGGCGAAUUGAAAGCAGUGAUCUCUCAGGUGCCAACCGGAUAGUAUUAGAAGACUCCAAUAUCUUGCAGCCUGUGGGACUGACUGUGUUUGAAAACUGGCUAUACUGGAUUGAUAAGCAGCAGCAAAUGAUUGAAAAAAUUGACAUGACAGGCCGAGAGGGUAGAACCAAAGUCCAGGCUCGAAUUGCCCAGCUUAGUGACAUUCAUGCAGUGAAAGAGCUGAACCUUCAGGAAUAUAGACAGCACCCUUGUGCUCAGGAUAAUGGUGGCUGUUCACAUAUUUGUCUUGUAAAAGGAGAUGGUACUACAAGGUGCUCUUGCCCCAUGCACUUGGUUCUGCUUCAAGAUGAGCUAUCAUGUGGAGAACCCCCAACAUGUUCUCCUCAGCAGUUCACUUGCUUCACGGGAGAAAUUGACUGUAUUCCUGUGGCUUGGCGCUGUGAUGGGUUUACUGAAUGUGAAGACCACAGUGACGAGCUCAAUUGUCCCGUAUGCUCAGAGUCCCAGUUCCAGUGUGCCAGUGGGCAGUGUAUUGAUGGUGCCCUCCGAUGCAAUGGAGAUGCAAACUGCCAGGAUAAAUCAGAUGAGAAGAACUGUGAAGUGCUUUGUUUAAUUGAUCAGUUCCGCUGUUCCAACGGUCAGUGCAUUGGAAAACAUAAGAAAUGUGAUCAUAAUGUGGAUUGCAGUGACAAGUCAGAUGAACUGGAUUGUUAUCCAACUGAGGAACCAGCUCCACAGGCCACCAACACGGUUGGUUCAGUUAUUGGAGUAAUUGUCACCAUUUUUGUGUCUGGAACCAUAUACUUUAUCUGCCAGAGAAUGUUGUGUCCACGUAUGAAGGGAGAUGGGGAAACCAUGACUAAUGACUAUGUAGUUCAUGGACCAGCUUCUGUGCCCCUUGGUUAUGUGCCACAUCCGAGUUCUUUGUCAGGAUCUCUUCCAGGAAUGUCUCGAGGUAAAUCAAUGAUCAGCUCCCUAAGUAUCAUGGGGGGAAGCAGUGGACCCCCUUAUGACCGAGCUCAUGUCACAGGAGCAUCAUCAAGUAGUUCUUCAAGCACCAAAGGCACUUACUUCCCUGCAAUUUUGAACCCUCCGCCAUCCCCAGCCACAGAGCGAUCACAUUACACUAUGGAAUUUGGUUAUUCUUCGAAUAGUCCUUCCACUCAUAGGUCCUACAGCUACAGGCCAUACAGUUACCGGCACUUUGCACCCCCUACCACGCCCUGCAGCACAGAUGUUUGUGACAGUGACUAUGCUCCCAGCCGGAGAAUGACCUCAGUGGCAACAGCCAAGGGCUACACUAGUGACUUGAACUAUGACUCAGAGCCUGUGCCCCCACCUCCCACACCCCGAAGCCAAUACCUGUCAGCAGAAGAGAACUAUGAAAGCUGCCCACCUUCUCCAUACACAGAGAGGAGCUACUCUCAUCACCUCUACCCACCGCCGCCCUCUCCCUGUACAGACUCCUCCUGAGGAGGGGCCCUCCUCCUCUGACUGCCUCCAAUGCAAAAAUGUAAAUACAAAUUUGGUUGAGAUCUGGAGGGGGGGAGGGAGCUAUUAGAGAAAGAUGAGGCAGACCAUGUACAGUUAAAAAUUAUAAAUGGGGUAGGGAAUACUGGAGAUAUUUGUACAGAAGAAAAGGAUAUUUAUAUAUUUUCUUAAAACAGCAGAUUUGCUGCUUGUGCCAUAAAAAUUUGUAAAAAAUAAAUUUGUACUAAAAGUUUUAUUUUUGCAAACUAAAUACACAAAGCAUGCCUUAAACCCAGUGAAGUGACUGAGUACAAAGGAAACAGGAAUAAUAAAGGCAUCAUUGACCAGGAAUGUCUGGGCUUUAUUGAUACCAAAAAAAAAAGAGAGAGAGAAGAAGAAGAAGAAGAAGAAAAAUUUAAGUCCAUCUCAGAGUAGCAAACCAUAGAUACUUGGAAGUAGCCAAAUAGCCUUCAUGUUAACUAACAUUUGAGGGCCAACAAGUUUAAGAAAUCACAAAAGGAAAAAAAAAGGAAUUAAAACUAACUUUGGACAAAGGGCUUUGUUUUCUCUAGGAAUCCAAUUAUUUUAGUGAGGAAAAUAGGUAUUUAUAAAAAUCCCUUCUGGGUGUUGCUCUUGUAGGAGAUCAGCUGUCCAGUAAGAUGGUGUGGGGCUCUUUGUGUGUGCAAGUCUUCUGUCCCUACCUUAGAACCCACAGCCUCUGUCAAAAGAAUUAAUUUUUUCUCUAGGUGUUUUUACCUUGCUUCCUCCCCGCCAGCAGCUUUGUAGGCCAUUUUGCCAAGAUAUCACGACUUAUUCACAGCUUUUUAUCUGAGGAUUGAUUAAAUGGAAUUUUCUAAAUUAAGGUUUCAUUUUAAUAUUUCUACUAGCUCCAUUCCUCUGUAGGCUUAGCUCUUGAAUUUGACUGCUGUUUUUGCAUAAUGAUCAAAGGGUAGACAUAUUAUUGCUCCUCUUCCAAGAUUGUUUUAAUGCUCAUUAAAAUCUCUUUUUACAACACAUAUAGGCAAUGUUUAAGAAUUACAAAUUUAACCAUUAUGUUUUUGUUGUAAAUUAAUCAUAUAUCCUUGCAGUACUUUCAGCAUAUAAUAUCACAAUAUGAAAUCGUUUAUAUAUAUAUAUUUUUUUUUCCUAGUAAAACAUUUAAAUAUGUUCCGGUUAGAGACAAUCUAUUUAAAGAGAGAAUUUUUUUGUUAUCAUUAGGUUUUCCCUUUAUUAACUGUUUGUGACAUUUUCAUGUUCUUUAGGCCAAUUUUUCUCAGAAUGAUGUCUACAUACAUACCUCUUUUAAUGUGUGACAUGAGUUUAAUAUCUUCCUGUUACCCAAUGUGAAUGUUAGAUUGUUUUCAAAUUAUCCACAAAUUAUUCUUAUACUCACCUCAUAUAUUUGUGUGUGUUCUCUCUUAUCCCGUUACGGAUUAAGAUGAUUAAACAAAUUUACCAAUAUGGGUUAAAUGAGAAGGCCAACUAGUCACUUCUCAGCUGUCAGAACUUGGGUGGAGGGGAAUAAUGGAAGGCUCUUCCAUGAUCUGCCUGACCUGCGUGGUCGUCGGGCUGCUGCAUCCUCAGCUCUUAGGACUGACAUGUGGGAUGAUUCUAGCACUGCUCUGCCACCUUGCCACAAGUCAGUUUCCUGCUUUUUACAUGUUUCCAGCACUUCUCUGCUAAAACGGAGUGUGUUUUUAAACUAAUGUAUUUUUACUUUAUUAGAUGUCGGUCAGUUACUGAGUGAUUUUUUUUUUUUUUUAAUUCUGUCUUGUUGAGGCCUCCUCUCUGGAUUUCAGGGCCCAAGAGAAAACAAUGGAAGAAAAGAUUCAGAAUUUUGGCAGGGAUGAAGGAACUUUUUAAGUAAUUAAAAAUACCUAAGGAAAUUUUUUAAAGAGAAAAAAACGUGGUUUCAGAAUAAUGCUUAGAUUGUUAGGGACACCUUAUACGAAUCAGGUGCACUUGAUUUUGCAUAUAAAUAAAUGGUGAUCCAUCAGUGUCUUGCAUUUCAGUCAAACAAGCAUUAACUCUUCCUGUCGGUGGACAAAGUGCCCACAGUCUAACAGAAUGGACACUGGAGUUGCAUUCUGUGACACGGGGGCCUUUGAUGCUUAAAUGAAGAUGGAAAGGUUAGCAAUAACUGGGUAUCAAUCAGAAUUUGAGAAUUCUAUAUGUUUACAUUUUUUAAUGUGCAUCUUUAUCCGGUGGGCUUCCCAUGUGGAAACUUGCACUAUAACGAAUUAAGAAGAAUAUUGCCUUGUUAUAUCUCAGUCCAAGUGCUUGUACUGCGAUGGCAAUGGCCUCUUCUUGCAAAAUACUGAUUUGUGUGCCAAUUUGUUUGAAAUUAUUUGAAGGCAGAUCCGCUUAAUCUCAGAAUCCUCUUUCUGGGGUAGUUGAGAUGGAUUCUUAAUAUUUUGGGGAGGGUACCUUUAAAUGAGAGAAUUAUCAAAAUUCAGGAAAGAUUGGACCUCAGGUUACAUGGACAGUUAAGCUUAAGUAAACUCUCUUGAUUAUUAAACACAAGAGGUUUAAUUGGAGAAACUGAGGAUAAAAAAUAAACAGUACAAAUCAGGGGAAAAAGUGGAAAAGGGUUUGGAAUUUGGUGUAUUGCUAUAUUCACUAUCCAUGAAGAAAAAAGGAAUAAAAUGUUACUAGAUUCCUUAAAUACUAAAGUAUUUAAUUUUGAACAUAUGUCUUAAAGUAUGCCUAUUUACUGAUGUGAUUGAAAUUGAGAAAUGAGCUCUAGCAUAGCAUAUUUUUCGUGCACUAUAUAGUAGACUAGUCUUCAUUGAGGUGGUCUUUUUAACUCUGAACUUUUAUAAUUUAGGACUUGUCUCCUUCAGAGCCCUGGUCUUCUGAACAGUGGCCCAAGGGAUUUUGCUGCUUAAGUCACAAGGAAAAAAAUGGAGUUAAGGGAUAGAAGGGAUUCUCAGUAUUAAUUUUUCUUUCAUGGAAUUUUCUUAUGCCUCUGACACUUGACUGCUCUUCUGUAGUAGCAUUCAUGAGAUGUCAUCUGUUUAGCAGAAAAUUAGAGUUCCUUUAGUUAUUUUAAUUUUAAUAUAAAAUACUUUGUGAUAUACCACCAAGAGGUAUAUGGAUCCUCGAGCACAGCUACUCUAAAGGGACGAUACAUACUUAGAAAUGAAGACUUUACAGUACAUUUUCAUCUAACAGGCCAAUAAUUUGGGGGCGGGGCUUUUGAGCAGUAAAAUUUUAGCACGGAUUGAGGAUUGUAUUUUUUCAUCAUUUUAAAAUCCUUCAGGGUCAGUAGUUUGUAUAAGGCCAACUCCAACUUUGAUAAAAUAUAAAAGUAGCCACCAUCUCCGUUAGGUAGCAAUUGGUUCUGGGGUAAAAUCUUUUUGUUUUGCCAUCAAGGCCUAUUAAUGAAGAAUACUUCAAGGUGAGUUAGUAGCCGUGGCUUCCCUAGCCUGUUAAUGGAUCUGUGUGUGUUUAUGUAACGGGACACCAGCACUCCUAAUAGACUACUUCUGCUUCUCUGUGAUGGUUGUGUUGGUGCCGUCCUGUGCCUAGAUUUGAUUCCUAGAAACGUAGUGUUUAAAAUUGUUUUUUCUCCUGCAGGGGCAACUUGCCACUUCAUUGAUUUGCAUGCCAUAAGAGCUGCGUAUUGGUUACCAUUACACAUCUAACAAAAUUGAGAAACAAAAGUCUUGGGCUUUUCAUACCCCCAAGCUUUUAAUAAGCUUAAGUCUGUAUAAUGACAUACAUAGUAUGUUUGGAGUGUGGCUACGAGUAUGUGAGUAUCAGUUGGCCAACAAAUGUUUGGGCACCCACAAAUGAGACUAUACACCAAGUGUAGACAGGGACUGAGUCAGGAUCAAGUGUUGUUGAAAACAUGUUCUCAGAAUUCUUAAAUUCUAAUUUUAUUUGGUAUUCCUUUCUUUAUCCGAAGCCUAAAAUGAGCCAAGAGAAAUAACUUUCUUUAGAAAGUACUGGUAGCAUAUGUGUGGUUUCUGACUUCUGGGAUAGUAUCAUUUUAUAAUAGUCCCAAAAUUUGGCUUAUGAAAUUUUCAGUUUUAGGGGAUAACAUUUUACAUUUAUAGUUUAAAAAUUUUAAAUUAUGAGCUUGUGAAUCCAUAUACUCAGGAUAUUUCCAUUGCCUUGAUUCUGCAUCUCAUUAAACUAAGCCUGCACCUGAGUAGAAGGAGGUAGUCAGUAAGAAUCUUAGAUCUAAGAUUCUUACUGACUCUGAUUCUUACUGACUACUCUCGCCCUCCUUAAGUCCAGGUAAAUUUUGCUCGGUUUUUCUUUUUCAUAAAGCGUCCUUAAGCUAUUGUUAAGUUUAUUGCUGGAAAAAAUCCUCAUGACUUUACAGAUACAACUAUAGACUAUGUGAUUUCUUGUACUCAAGAAUAUAGACCUAACAAAAACUAACUUGUAGAUUUUCACUGCUACCUAGGGUUUACCCAAAAGUUUACACCAAAGAUUUAGAGACAAUGUGCUUUUGCUUAUGCUUAACUGUCCAUUUUUUUAAAACAAAUAUAAGCAGGGCAGGGAUAUAUAUGUAUAUAUAGAUCUGUCUAUCUAUAUCUGUAGAUAGAUAGAUAUACCUAAAUAUGAAUAUUAAAAGGAAAAGAAAGUGAAUAAAUCUAAUUUUACAUGAAAUUAAGUAUCUGGGGUUAGAAAAUUUGAAAAGAGUUAAGAGGAUACCAAGAAGCUUAAGCUGGACUAGCCUUAUUUGCAAGUGAAGGAUCUGGUGCUGCUUUCAGAUGUUUAUCCUUUGUGUUUUUAAAUUUUUUCUUAAGCUUUAAUCUUUGUUAUUGUCUUAAAGUCAGCUGGUGUUUCUUGUCCAUGGACUUUGGUACGAUGGUGCUUUGCAAGGAUGUAUUUAUAUUUUAAUGGCCAACAUUUGGUCAGCCCUUGUCCACUAUUCACUUCCCCCUUUUUGUAAAAUAAGUGCUUUAAUUGUAAACUGUAUAAAAAUACCUUGUAUAAAUCCCCUUUUGAUUAUUACAAUAAGCUGAGUUGUAACAAAUGAAAUGUUGAUUUUUAUAAUAAAACAGUGGAAAAUAAAAGCGUCAUUUCUUUUUAGCAAGAAAUUAAAACAGCUGAUUGUGCUUUGCUGUGACUUGUGUUUCAGAGGCAACAAAACCCACCUUUAUUGUUUGCAUUUCAAAUAAAAUACAACCUUGGAAGAGA